AAUCCUAGGGUUAUAUAAAAACCUUCCUCAUUCUUAUUUUAAUUCAACAUAAGCAUUUCGAAAAAUAUUUGAAAACUUGUUAAUUCAAAAUUAAAUGUUUCGAAAGUAUUUUUUGUGAACCUUCCUUCCCUAAAAUCAUUCCCUCUUCUCCUUGUUGCUUCCUGGGAGAAUUCAGCGAGACAAAUCAAAAGAAGACAGAAGAAAUAGAAGAGAUGGAAAGAAGCCCCGCAGCCCAGUUUACUUCUUGGUCCAUGUACAGCGCAGCAGCCCACCAACACCAGCGCUGCACAUCUGCUCCUCCUUCGUCGUACGGCAGUGCAUCCAGGCAUCCUCACAUCGCUGUCACGUCGAUGGGACGGCUGCUGCUUCUUCUGCCUUCCCUAUAAAAUUCCUCUUGCCUCCAAGCCUGCAACCCUAGCCUAUUGCCCCUCCUUUCUCUGCCGCCGCCGCUCUUGCUCUUGCUCUCUGCCUCUGCACCACCACGGCCACGCGCGCCUCCCUGCGGCUGCACUCCGUUCCGUCGGCCUCCUACCAAACGCUCCGGUUACCGUCCGAGCUGGUCGCCGCCAGCAGCGUAUCCAAGUUCUGCACCGCGCCUUCGUCUGCCCGCGUUCCCUUCGAGCCCCGACGCGCCGAUCUUCCUCUCUGCGUCCAGGCGCUGCUCCGCGCCGUCGCCAUGACCUCCAGGAUGUCGCUGACGUCCGUGUCGUCGUCCCCGACCUUGCAGCGGUGCGCCUCGUUUUCCAGAGCGCCGCCUGUGCUCUUCUCCGUGCCGUCCCUGCCGCCGUCGACCCGGACGUCCACGACCAUGUCCGCCUUCAGCAACUGCGAGUGCCUGGCUGUUUCUCUCGGUGUCUUUGUCGCCAACUCCCUCCGGUUUCUCCAGGACGUGGUGCUCCACUUCAUCCCCUUCACACAAGCCAGUAACGAACGCCGGUAUCCAAGCCACGGCAUGGCAAAGCGCAGAACGCCGUCGACGCCUCCGGCCGGCCGGCUCCGUCUGUUUCCGUCGCCCGACAGCGUCCCUACCUCUGCAUCCGCGUCGUGCAUGGGCAAGCCGGCUAAUGAGACAAGUCUCUGCCUUGUUCGCUCAAUUAAAUUGAGCAUUCCAAAUCGACGUGAUCUGAAGCCAGGCGUACUGCCGGGAUCAGUUCGUAGCCCCAGCGCAGCAGCACUUUGCUCCCUGUCAGCGCCUAGUCGCCCCUGCCCUCCGCAGGUCAGUGGCUACGGCUAGCCUCUCUUGUGUUACAAAAUUUCUGCACGUUUACUGUUUUCUGAAAUGCAUGAAUUGUGUAAUUCUUACCUAAAUCAUAUCUUUUAAACCGUAAAUCAAAACAGAAAGUGUUUUAUAUGUUUUUCAACCAGAAAAAUGUGUUGAACACUAAUAUGCCAUCCAUUCAUCUGUUUGCAUAUCGCAUCAUGUCACGCCUUGAUAGUUUGCGUAAUUCACCUCACAUAUAUGCGGAGUAUUUCGGAUAUCCACAUAUGGUUUCCCCGCUCCGUUUAAUAUUGAAGUAGCUCACCUUUGUCAUGUCUUACCAUGCUAAUCAACACUUAACUUUGACGGUAGAAAAUGCAACUUCAACCCUAAUUGUUUGUCCGGGUUCUGAUCCCGCUUAAUUUGGAUAAAUUGCAUCGCAUCAUCUUUGCCAUGUCAUGCAUAUCAUCUUGAUCAUGCUGGAUCUUCUUUAUCCGUA